AUGCACCGUCAAGCGCUGGAGUUGGUUAAGUGCAUAUGUAAAGAGCUUCCAAAAGUACUAUCAUCCAAGAAAAAAUCAGACGAUGCAGUCGUUCACAUUAAUAGAACAGCGGCGAUUAAAGAUGAAAAACGUGUUCUCAAAGAUUUCUUCGAAAAUACAAGCAUAUUGAGCUCUGCUGCCAGUUCCGGGGCUGUUGAAGUCUUAGAGGAAUGUACUCAAAUUAUGCCGGAGUUAGUCAUGCUUGAUAUGGAGAAGCAAUCACCACUGGCAGUGGCAAUUGGACAAAGAACUGAUAGGAUUUUUAACUUGAUUCUUAAUGUGACUAAUGACAAUAAAGAUAAGUUUGCGACUGUUAAAGACAAAGAUGGUAACACAUUGUUGCAUUUAUCUGCCAAGUUAGCUCCAUCGACCCGACUAAGUGAAAUAUCUGGUCCAGCUCUUAGGAUGCAACGAGAACUUCAGUGGUUUAAGGAGGUGGAACAUUUUACUCCACAAAAAGAUAGGCUAAUUACAAACAAAGCUGGGAUGACUGCUCGAGCUUUAUUCACAGAAGAACAUGAGAAGUUAAUGAAGCAAGGAGAAGAAUGGAUGCAGAGAACAGCUGGGUCAUGCAUGGUGGUUGCUGCUCUCGUGACAACCGUUGUGUUUGUUGCCGCUUUUACUAUACCCGGUGGAAACUAUGGCGACAGCAAUAGCGAAAAAAAUGGUACACCAAUUUUUCUAAAUAACACGUCAUUCUUACUAUUUCCUCAAGUCAUUGCCAAAGAAGUUGAUACUUGGUCUCCUGAGUCUCUUCUUGUCUGUAGUUUCCAUGAUGAUAGCUUUUAG